AUGAAACUCUAUCUCAUUCGACACGCGGAAACGGUCGAUAAUGUCGCUCAUAGAUUAGCCGGGAUCAAAGACUCGCCCCUGACAAAUCACGGCGCCCUCCAGAUCACCCGUCUGGGGAGAUAUUUCGCCUCCCAAAACAUUAAAUUCAGCCAUAUCUUCUCGUCAGAUCUCUCCAGAGCAGUUCUCACGGCCGAAGGCCUCAGCGCCCAUCAGCCGGAAUUAAGCCCGGUAUUGCUGCCGUCCCUCCGCGAACGCGACUUUGGCUCCUUUGAGGGGCAAAAGUGGCAUUCAACCUGGGAAUCGAGCAUUGUUCCCAAGCAGCCGGAAUCCGAGGCUUCUAUGCGCCAGCGUGCAAAUACAUUUCUUACCGACUACUUAGUCCCCUUGCUUCUCGCUGGCGACGAGGAGGGGGAUGAGGCUGUAGUUGCCGUUGUCUCUCACGGGUUACUUCUGCGAAGUCUGUGGCGCGCUCUACUCGCGUGUUUCCAUCCGAGUGAUGUUUGCAUAGUGGGAGACGCGGAUAUCAACGCGUUUAAUCCGUUCUGGGCGAAUACGGGGUACUUGGAGGUCUUGGUUCGUCCGAGAUUGAGUCCUUUAGUAGGAGAUCCGGAGAUGCCAGUUCUGGGUGGGUAUUCACUGCAGGUACUUGGGGUAAACAGUCGAGCACAUCUGGCGGAUCUUCAGCGUACGAAGGGGGGAGUCGGGAGUGCUACUUUUGAUCAGCGGCAGAAACGGAUUGAUCAUUUCUUUGGUCAGAAGAAUCGAUAG